CCUGGACGCGGGCGGCGUCGCCGUCACCCACUGGUUUCGCAGGACUGGCCUCCUCAUGGUCUUCGCCCCAGAACACCAGGAGGGUUUUCGGUUCUGAGACCACGCUUCCCUCCUUCCUGAGAAACCGGACGUUGUGUAUCCAUUCUGAGCACCACUUUCCACCAGGCGCCGCGCUGGACCCUGAGGAGGAGGACAAAGCGGUGUGAACCAGGGUUUCUGAAACUCGCUGCAGCUCUGAGUCUCCGGAGCUUUUCAAAAUCCUCACGCCCAGUCAGCACCCCAGACCAACUGCAUCAGAAUCUCCCGGAAUGGGAUACAAAACAUUCAAAUUUUUUAAAGUUCAAGGGUUGAUUGCAAAAGGACUCAAGAUUGAGAACCGGAGAACUAAAAUAUCGGUGGAGACUGGCUAAGGAAACAAAUACUCUAGUACCUAGAAAAAUACUAGGCUUAUUAGUUUGAUGUCCAGAGGAUUAACUGUUAUUUUUGUUUUCACUUCUACAUUGUAUGAAAAAUUUAUCUCUGUUACUUAUGAUACUUAGGCAAGGAACUACUUAGAAUGAGUGGGACAGAGCAUGCCCUCCACUCCUCACUGGUGGUUAGCUCUCAGUUAUUUGCCAGGAAAGAUACCAAAGCGGGAAUGAUGUGAAAGAUGGACUAUCCAAGCUUUAUUCAUUUUUUCCCCUUGCCAUUUGUGUUACCAAACAGGUUUGUCUAAUUAAGUAAUGAACUCAUGUACUUGAGGAGUCAACAUACUUUGCCAAGAUUCACACCAACUGAUCGGCUCAUUUUUAGCCUUUGCCUAAAAGAUUUAUUCCUUAUAUGGACGCUCCCAUUCCCCAAUGCUGCAACUGCACCUGCAUGAAAAUGAACUGCCUGGAUGUUCUGUGGACCCAUUCUGCACAACAUCAUACAGGGUUUAUCAAUCACCGGAGAUGCAUGACACAUUGUGCCAGGAUGGACAUAGUCGACUGCUUUACUGGGAAGAGGACACGUUAACUGCCCAUCACUUCACCUGCAUUUAGAUUUCUUAUCCCAGGUACUUUGUGCUGGAUUUUGAGGCUGGUAUCCUGCAGUAUUUUGUGAACGAGCAAAGCAAACACCAGAAGCCUCGAGGGGCCCUGUCUCUGUCCGGCGCCAUCGUGUCCCUGAGUGACGAAGCGCCCCAUAUGCUGGUCGUGUACUCUGCCAACGGGGAGAUGUACAAACUGAGAGCUGCUGAUGCAAAAGAGAAACAGUUCUGGGUGACUCAGCUUCGAGCUUGUGCCAAAUACCACAUGGAGAUGAAUUCUAAGACGACUCCAAGCUCCCGAAGCCGAAGUCUCACUUUGCUUCCCCAUGGAACACCCAAUCCUGCAUCUCCCUGUAGCCAGAGACACCUCGGUGCGGGGGCCCCCGGCGUGGUCACAAUCACACAUCACAAGUCGCCUGCUGCCGCCCGAAGAGCCAAGAGUCAGUAUUCCGGCCAGCUUCAUGAAGUCAGAGAGAUGAUGACCCAGGUGGAAGGACAACAGAAGAACCUGGUGCAUGCCAUCGAGUCUCUGCCGGGGUCCGGGCCCCUCACUGCCUUGGACCAGGACCUGCUGCUCCUGAAAGCUACCUCUGCUGCCACCCUCAGCUGCCUUGGGGAGUGCCUGAGCCUGCUCCAGCAGAGCCUGCACCAGGCCAGUCAGCCCAGCCACAGGCCAGGGGCCUCGGAAAGCAUCCUGGGAUGGCACGGGCCUAAGUCACACUCUACAGAGCAGCUGAAAAAUGGGACACUUGGCUCUUUGCCAUCGGCCAGCGCCAGCAUAACCUGGGCCAUUUUACCCAACUCCGUGGAGGAUGAACAAAGCUGCCCGCCAGAGCCAGAGCCAAACUCAGGCCCCGAAUUGGUUUUGUCAGAAGAUGAGAAAAGUGACACUGAAGAUCAGGAAGAGACAGAAGUGGGUGUCAUGGAGGAUCAGCGCAGUGUAAUCCUUCACCUCAUUUCUCAGCUCAAACUUGGAAUGGAUCUGACCAAGGUGGUGCUUCCCACGUUCAUUCUCGAGAAGCGGUCCUUGCUGGAGAUGUACGCAGACUUCCUGGCACACCCAGACCUGCUGCUGGCUGUCACCGCAGGGGCCACGCCACAGGACAGGGUCAUCGGCUUCGUGGAGUAUUACCUCACCGCCUUCCACGAGGGCCGCAAGGGCACCCUGGCCAAGAAACCCUACAACCCCAUCAUCGGCGAGACGUUCCACUGCUCCUGGGAGGUUCCCAAGGACAGGGUCAAGCCCAGGAGGACUGCUGCCCCUGAUCCCUCUGGCCACGAACACCCGAUGGCCGACGACCCUUCCAAGAACUACAAAAUGCGGUUCGUGGCUGAGCAGGUGUCCCACCACCCGCCCAUCUCCUGCUUCUACUGUGAGUGCAAAGAGAAGAGGCUGUGCAUCAACACUCACGUAUGGACCAAAAGCAAGUUCAUGGGCAUGUCCGUGGGGGUCUCAAUGAUCGGGGAAGGUGUGCUGCGGCUCCUGGAGCAUGGGGAGGAGUAUGUGUUCACCCUGCCCAGUGCCUACGCCCGGUCCAUCCUCACCAUCCCUUGGGUGGAGCUCGGAGGAAAAGUCAGCAUCACCUGCGCCAAGACCGGGUACUCAGCGACAGUGAUCUUCCACACAAAGCCUUUCUACGGGGGGAAGGUCCACAGGGUCACAGCAGAAGUGAAGCACAACCCGACCAACACCAUUGUGUGCAAAGCCCACGGGGAGUGGAAUGGGACCCUAGAGUUCACCUACAACAACGGGGAGACCAAGGUCAUUGACACGACUAUGCUGCCAGUGUACCCCAAGAAGAUCCGACCCCUGGAGAAGCAGGGCCCCAUGGAGUCCAGGAACCUCUGGCGGGAGGUGACCCGAUGCUUGCGGCUGGGGGACAUCGACGCCGCCACCGAGCAAAAGCGGCGGCUGGAGGAGAAGCAGCGCGCGGAGGAACGGAAGCGGGAAAACCUCCGCGCGCCCUGGCGGCCCAAGUACUUCAUCCAGGAGGGUGACGGCUGGGUAUACUUCAAUCCGCUUUGGAAGGCACACUAAUGGGUGGAGAUGCAGAGCUUUCAGAAAUGGUCCUGUUUUUGUAGGAAUUAAAGUGGUACAGUAUCAAGGUUCUUCUGGUAUUCCCUGAGACCUCUUGAUAGUGUUCAAGACAUGGUACCUGAGAGAGAAAUUAUGUACUGUGAAAAAUGCACCCCCAGACUCUACUAUGGGAUUGAAUUUAUUCAAGAGCCAUUUGGGGCAUGCGUGUGCACACACGUCUGUGUGCAAGCUCUUGGCACACUGUAUGUUCACACGCAUGUGCUAUGUCUGCUGGAUAUUAUCACACAUGUAAAUAGUGCACUUACCAAUAUUGAAGUGGGUAAUUAUGAGCUCCUUUUUAUCAAUGAGGUUUGAAGUUUUCUACUUUUCACUUUGCCAAAUACUUUUGCACUCACAAAGUAUUCUCCAAUUGACAACUCCUGUCCAAAGGUGAACUGGCGUGGCCCUACUGCUGUCCCUCUGGUAGAAGGUGGCUGUCAUUUCAGAAUUAUCGGGGCGCUUCCCACUCCCCUCCCAAGUCAACAUUUGUUUGUCCAUAUGCAAGACAGAUCAACUGCCAUUUCCUGCUGGAUGGGGAGCGGGCAGAAAGCUGUUAAAGGUUUAUGCCGGAGCCUUCCAGGAUGGAGCACCCCUGGGAGAGCCUACAGCCAGGCCUACCUUAGAAUGUUCCUCCCAUCUCCUUGCCCCAGAAGCUUUCUGAUAAUUUCUCAUGCUCAAAGCUCUAGUCAUACAAUUUUCAGAAGCUGCUUCUUUCAUGGUAGAAAACAAGUCAUAUGGAGACUGCACUACUUUUAUCUUGAAAAAAAGGGCUUUAGAAAUGAAAUACACGCAUGCAUAUACAAACAUGCACCACCACAGCCUCAAUCUUAUAUUUCGUUUGGGGAAAGAGAAAAGAAUAUCCUGUGGAUUUUUUUUAAAGUGCACCUCUUGUUUGACCCGAAUUCUGCAAGGAAACCACUGUGAUUAAAACAUCCAUAAAGCCUGCGUAAGUGUUUCAUGGUUUCAGUUCAUUUUCAGUCUUCAGCCUUUACAAAUGAGGUCAAGACAUGACCAGAAUAUAAAGCAAAGAGAAAAUGAAGUAUUUGAUCUUUGCUCAAUGCUUAAUUUAUUUUUUACUGUGCCACUCUAAUGAGAAUAUUUAUACAAUCCAGUAGCAUGAAUGCUUCUCUGUAGUAAUACUAAUUUUGUGCCUUUUGUCUGCUUUCUUAAGACCAAUUGUUCACACUUUGUAGAUAUUAGACAAAUAUAU